GUUCCUGGUUCGGCAGCGUGUUCCUUUUCCCCCAAGUUCCUGGUGUCCCGGCCGGGGAGCGACACCGGCUUUUAGGCGGUCUCAGGGCUCCAGCGUCGGGCUCUGGUGUGUCGCUCUCGGUCCUCCAGCUCGGGGCCACUGCUCGUGCGCGCACGCCCACCCGCACGCGGCGAACUCAUGGCGGAGCGCGGGGAACUCGACCUGACCGGCGCCAAACAGAACACCGGCGUGUGGCUGGUGAAGGUUCCCAAAUAUUUGUCCACGCAAUGGGGUAAAGCCUCUGGAAGAGGUGAAGUUGGGAAACUGAGGAUUGCCAAGAAUCAAGGAAGGACUGAGGUAUCGUUUACUUUAAACGAAGAUCUUGCAAAUAUUCAUAAUAUUGGAAAGAAACCAACUUCAGUCAAUGCUCCUAGAGAGCAUCCAUUUGUCUUGCAAAGCGUUGGAGGACAGACAUUGACAGUGUUUACCGAGAGCUCCUCAGAUAAACUGUCAUUGGAAGGAAUAGUGGUACAGAGAGCGGAAUGCCGACCUGCUGCCAAUGAGAACUACAUGAAAUUAAAGAGAUUGCAAAUAGAAGAGUCUUCCAAACCUACAAGACUAUCGCAGCAGCUGGACAAAGUUGUAACAACCAAUUACAAGCCUGUCGCUAACCAUCAGUACAAUAUUGAAUAUGAAAGGAAGAAGAAAGAAGAUGGAAAGCGAGCCCGGGCAGACAAACAACACGUCCUAGACAUGCUGUUUUCAGCCUUUGAGAAGCAUCAGUACUAUAAUCUCAAGGAUUUGGUGGACAUCACAAAGCAGCCGGUGGGAUACCUGAAAGAAAUCUUGAAAGAAAUCGGCAUUCAGAAUGUAAAAGGGAUUCACAAGAAUACAUGGGAGCUGAAGCCCGAGUACAGGCAUUACCAGACUGAAGAGAAGAGUGACUGAGAAGCAUGUGCUGGGACACUUAAAGGCAGCCAUGAGCCUGCCACUCCCACCGGCUGACUACCUGCUGUGACAGCACAAAGACUACAGUUCUGCCGUUCCUCUCAGUAAACUGUUAAAGCUGGGAUUCCAUGUUUCCUAAGUGGUUUUUUAAAAGAAUGACGUUAUUUAUAGACUUAAACUUGGGUUAAACCAUAGCAUUCAGGUGUCCAACACUUCGGAGGCCAAGGCAGGAAGAUGUGAGGUUGAGGCCAGCCUGGAAUACACAGCGAGACCCUCCCCACAAAAGACAAUGUUCUCAUGGUAUAGAGGGGGUGUGGGAAUUGAAACUGCUUUUGCUUUCAAGGGUUAACUUUUCAAGUAUCAGUAGGAUAUUUCCUAAAUGAAAAUUGUCAAUCUCUGAGGAACUAAGGUAAGGUCCAAAGGGAAGAAGAAAGUGGGAGGGAGGAUUAUCAACUACAGAAACUAUGAAAGGAACACAGUCCAAGUUCCUUUUUCUGAAACUGAAGAGGGAAUUUGUCUCCACAGAGGUAAUGUUCACCUUCAAGCAUACAUUAAUAAAGGGACCUGUUUGCUUUGUA